GGCCUCCAAGAUGAGCUACACGUUGGACUCGCUGGGCAACCCGUCCGCCUACCGGCGGGUCACCGAGACCCGCUCCAGCUUCAGCCGCGUUAGCGGCUCCCCGUCCAGCGGCUUCCGCUCGCAGUCGUGGUCCCGCGGCUCGCCCAGCACCGUGUCCUCCUCCUACAAGCGCAGCGCGCUCGCCCCGCGCCUCACCUACAGCUCGGCCAUGCUCAGCUCCGCCGAGAGCAGCCUCGACUUCAGCCAGUCCUCGUCGCUACUCAACGGCGGCGCCGGCGGCGACUACAAGCUGUCCCGCUCCAACGAGAAGGAGCAGCUGCAGGGGCUGAACGACCGCUUCGCCGGCUACAUCGAGAAAGUGCACUACCUGGAGCAGCAGAACAAGGAGAUCGAGGCGGAGAUCCAGGCGCUGCGGCAGAAGCAGGCCUCGCACGCCCAGCUGGGCGACGCGUACGACCAGGAGAUCCGCGAGCUGCGCGCCACGCUCGAGAUGGUGAACCACGAGAAGGCUCAGGUGCAGCUGGACUCCGACCACCUGGAGGAAGACAUCCACCGGCUCAAGGAGCGCUUCGAAGAGGAGGCACGGCUGCGCGACGACACCGAGGCAGCCAUCCGCGCGCUGCGCAAAGACAUCGAGGAGUCGUCGCUGGUCAAGGUGGAGCUGGACAAGAAGGUGCAGUCGCUGCAGGAUGAGGUGGCCUUCCUGCGGAGCAACCACGAGGAGGAGGUAGCGGACCUGCUGGCCCAGAUCCAGGCGUCGCACAUCACGGUGGAGCGCAAAGACUACCUGAAGACGGACAUCUCGUCGGCGCUGAAGGAGAUCCGCUCCCAGCUCGAGUGCCACUCCGACCAGAACAUGCAUCAGGCCGAAGAGUGGUUUAAGUGCCGCUACGCCAAGCUCACCGAGGCCGCCGAGCAGAACAAGGAGGCCAUCCGCUCCGCCAAGGAAGAGAUCGCCGAGUACCGGCGCCAGCUGCAGUCCAAGAGCAUCGAGCUCGAGUCGGUGCGUGGCACCAAGGAGUCCCUGGAGCGGCAGCUCAGCGACAUCGAGGAGCGCCACAACCACGACCUGAGCAGCUACCAGGACACCAUUCAGCAGCUGGAAAAUGAGCUUCGGGGAACGAAGUGGGAAAUGGCCCGCCACUUGCGAGAGUACCAGGAUCUCCUCAACGUCAAGAUGGCUCUGGACAUCGAGAUCGCAGCCUACAGAAAGCUCCUGGAGGGUGAAGAGACCAGAUUCAGCACAUUUUCAGGGAGCAUCACUGGGCCCCUGUAUACACACCGACAGCCCUCAGUCACCAUAUCUAGUAAGAUUCAGAAGACAAAGGUGGAAGCUCCCAAGCUCAAAGUCCAACACAAAUUUGUUGAGGAGAUCAUAGAGGAAACCAAAGUGGAGGAUGAGAAGUCGGAAAUGGAAGACGCACUGACAGCCAUUGCAGAGGAACUGGCCGUGUCUGUGAAGGAAGAGGAGAAGGAAGAAGAGGCAGAAGGAAAGGAAGAGGAGCGAGAAGCUGAAGAAGAAGUUGUAGCUGCCAAGAAGUCUCCAGUGAAGGCUACCACGCCCGAGAUUAAAGAGGAAGAAGGGGAAAAGGAAGAAGAAGGCCAGGAGGAGGAAGAAGAGGAAGAAGACGAGGGUGUUAAGUCAGACCAGGCUGAAGAGGGAGGAUCAGAGAAGGAAGGCUCUAGCGAGAAAGACGAGGGUGAGCAGGAAGAAGGAGAAACCGAGGCUGAAGGUGAAGUAGAAGAAGCAGAAGCCAAGGAGGAAAAGAAAACCGAGGAGAAGAGUGAAGAAGUGGCUGCCAAGGAGGAGCCGGUGGCAGAAGCCAAGGUGGGAAAGCCAGAGAAAGCCAAGUCCCCUGUGCCAAAAUCACCAGUGGAAGAGGUGAAGCCAAAAGCUGAAGCCACAGCAGGGAAAGGGGAGCAGAAAGAGGAAGAAGAGAAGGUGGAGGAAGAAAAGAAAGAGGCAGCCAAGGAAUCUCCAAAGGAAGAGAAGGUGGAGAAGAAGGAGGAGAAACCAAAAGAUGUGCCAGAGAAGAAGAAAGCUGAAUCCCCGGUAAAGGAGGAAGCCGCAGAAGAGGCCGCCACCGUCACCAAACCCGCAAAGGUGAGCGUAGAGAAAGAGGCCAAGGAAGAGGAGAAGCCGCAGCAGCAGGAGAAGGAGAAGGAGAAGGAAAAGGAGAAAGCAGAAGAGGAGGGAGGCAGUAAGGAGGAAGGGAGCGACCAGGGGUCAAAGGAAGCCAGGAAGGAAGACAUAGCUGUCAAUGGGGAGGUUGAAGGGAAAGAGGAGGAAGAGCAGGAGACCAAGGAAAAGGGCAGUGGGCAAGAAGAGGAGAAAGGCGUCGUCACCAAUGGGUUAGACUUGAGCCCAGCAGACGAGAAGAAGGGGGGUGACAGAAGUGAGGAGAAAGUGGUGGUGACCAAAAAGGUAGAAAAAAUCACCACUGAGGGGGGCGAUGGUGCUACCAAAUACAUCACUAAAUCUGUAACCGUCACUCAAAAGGUCGAAGAGCAUGAAGAGACCUUUGAGGAGAAACUAGUGUCUACUAAAAAGGUAGAAAAAGUCACUUCACACGCCAUUGUAAAGGAAGUCACCCAGAGUGACUAAGAUCUGAGUCCAUUGCAAAAGGUUAAGCCAUAUGACAAUUUCAAAAUGCAUGUGAUUGACAGCUUCAAAACAGAACGGGUUCUCCCAUGGGGGCUCCAGACAUUGUAUUUUGCUUUGUGCAAUAUGAAGGGACUGCAUGCAAGCGCAGGGUGCUCCCUCCUCAGUCUUCGGAGGAUUCAAAUGCAUGAUAUUGUACGUACCUGGGGAAUUUGCCAGUUUCCUAAGCUGUUGGAAGGGGGCACUCAGGGGGGAUGUCUUGAGAUGUAUUAUGCAAAGUACCAACUGAGCCAAAAAUAAUAAAUGAAACACAGAACUCUCUUAGCCUUAAGAAAGCUAUAUAUGAAUAAUUACGUUUACCUCACUGGUGCAUUUAAAAUGGACUUUUGUUCAUGGGAGAACCUCGCUGACAUGCACAGUUUGCAACCUUAUGUUGAUUGAUGUAAAACGUCACAGCAGUAUUUGCUCAAUAAAGGUCAUAUU